AGCUGCGAUAUUACAAUGAUUCACUGCCGUCUCAUGGCAGAUCUAACUUCACUUCACUCACAUGAACAGAUUGAUCUGGACUUAGGCAGCUGAGUAUAUGCCCUUACCUGUUAAAGACAUGAACAUCAGUUCAACCAGAGUAUUGAAUUUCGGUUGGAUAUGGAAAGGAAAGAUAAAGAGCCUGCCACUGGACUCUGACUGUGUGCAGUCUGCUCUUUGCUUCCAGGGCUGGGUGGACUUCCCAAUCGCCCUUCCCAGCAAAUCGCCUGGGAUGCAACUUCUCGUGAUUGCAUUACAGAUGAUGGCAUCGUAAGCAUCUACAGUUCGGCAGCAUAGCGGAGCUGCAUUGCCUUCAUUCCUCGCACUGCUUAGAUGCCAUUGUUGUCCCUGACGGUUGCAGCAGGAGCCCAGGCCCCUGAACCCACCUCCGGGUUUAAGUGAUAAUUGGUCAUCGGGUUUCUUGUUAGAGACACAGAAAUGAAUAACUCAACUUACAUAAACUCCUCCGCCGAGGAUGUUAUGGCACUGGGGAGUCCCUAUAAAACUGUUGAGGUGGUCUUCAUAGUCCUGGUAGCAGGAUCUCUCAGUUUAGUGACCAUCAUUGGGAACAUCCUGGUCAUGGUGUCCAUCAAAGUCAACAGGCACCUGCAGACUGUCAACAACUACUUCCUGUUCAGCUUGGCAUGUGCCGACUUGAUUAUUGGUGUCUUUUCUAUGAACCUGUACACUCUUUACACUGUGAUUGGCUACUGGCCCUUGGGGCCUGUGGUGUGUGACCUGUGGCUGGCUCUUGAUUAUGUGGUCAGCAAUGCCUCUGUCAUGAACCUUCUCAUCAUCAGCUUUGACAGAUAUUUUUGUGUCACCAAGCCUCUGUCAUACCCUGUAAAGAGGACCACUAAGAUGGCAGGUAUGAUGAUUGCAGCUGCUUGGGUGCUGUCCUUCAUCUUGUGGGCACCUGCGAUUCUGUUCUGGCAGUUCAUUGUUGGGGGAAGAACUGUUCCUGAUGGGGAGUGCUACAUCCAAUUUUUUUCCAAUGCUGCUGUCACCUUUGGCACUGCUAUUGCAGCCUUCUACCUGCCAGUUAUCAUCAUGACCAUCCUCUACUGGCAGAUAUCUCGUGCCAGCAAGAGUAGGAUAAAAAAAGGAAAAAAGGAACCAGCACAAACCCAGGAUCCAGUUUCUCCCAGUUUGGUCCAAAGUAAAAUAGUGAAACCAAACAAUAACAACAUCCCAACGAGUGAGGAUGGGUUGGAGCACAGCAAAAUUCAGAAUGGUAAAGCCACAGGAGAGACUGUGACAGAGAACUGCGUUCCAGGGGAAGAGAAGGAGAGCUCUAAUGACUCCACUUCUGUCAGCGUGGUUGCUUCCAAUGUGAAAGAGGAUGAAGCUACCAAAGAGGCCACCAAGGCUUCUGUCUCCCAAGUUCACUCGAAAGGGGAGAAUUCCAAGCUGACGUGCAUCAGGAUAGUCACUAAGUCCCAAAAAGGUGACUGCUGUGCCCCAACCAACACCACCGUGGAGAUUGUAGGUACUAAUGACCAAAAUGGAGACGAGAAGCAAAACAAUGUGGCCCGUAAAAUUGUUAAGAUGACCAAGCAGCCAGCCAAAAGGAAACCACCCCCUUCUAGAGAAAAAAAAGUGACCAGGACUAUCUUGGCUAUUCUCUUGGCUUUUAUCAUUACCUGGACACCAUAUAAUGUGAUGGUUCUCAUCAACAGCUUCUGCGUCUCCUGCAUCCCCAGCACUGUAUGGACUAUUGGUUACUGGCUCUGUUAUAUCAACAGCACCAUCAACCCUGCCUGCUAUGCGCUCUGCAAUGCUACCUUUAAGAAAACCUUUAAGCACCUCCUUAUGUGUCAUUACAAGAACAUAGGCGCCACAAGGUAAAAAAUAAAAAUCGUGGAAAGAGGAGGAAAGUUCCAAGUUUUAAAAAACUAUGCCAUAGCACUUUAUGCUCUAGUGUGGAACAUGCAAUCAAGGAGCCAAGUGGAGUCACUGACCUGGGGUGUCAGCUCUGUCUUCAAGAACUGCACUUAAAACCUUUUUUUAAUUAUUAUUAUUAUCAAUGGGUCUUGGGGAAAUGGUGAUUGAAUGAGGGGUCAGUAGGGAAUGUGAACUUGAGGCACAGUUCCUUGUUCUCUCAUGAUAUCAUGCAGAAGGGCUUUUUGAGUCUAUGAUUUUUGUCCAUUCUUAUAAAAUAACAAUAAUCUUUGUGUAUGUGUCUGUCUGACUGAAGAAAAAAAUGUAAGGACACUUUGACAACAAAUAUAACAUACCUAAUUGGAGAGGGGAGGGUAGAAGAGAUAGACACUGAGCAAUUCAAACUCAUCUUGCAAAGAUUAUUUCCAAAGUUAAAAGCUGACAAUUAUUUUUGUCAGGGUCUCAUGUUGAGAAACUUAAAGGUAGGCUAACUAUGACAGCUAAUAUAGUAUCUUUACCUCUCUCCCAUCACCAUAAAUAUGUCAGACAAAAUUAUUCUUUAGCUCACCAUGGAUCCCAUGGUUCACUAUCCAUUGUUCCAAGCAUAUCAGCUUAUCAGCUUUCUCUAACUGGGGGGGGGGGUUCCUCCCAUGGUGCCAAUGAAAAUGAAAGGGAAAAAAGGAGGUCCUUUCCAGCUUGCUGUACCACAGAGACUGUCUUGAGGCCCUUAUAAGCCAAAGUCUUUGAGGAUUUAGCUCACUUAAGCUCUUUUAUGUACCAUCCCCCAGGAAGUUGUAUUUUUCUUCACACAGCCUUUUCUUCUUUUUUGCACCUCCCUGCCCAGGGCAUAAGGAUUGAAAACCAAAGCCAGCUGUGAAUUAGAAGUUUUCAUCAAAUUAACAACCAUGGGGCUCAAAUCAAGGAAGUAAGUUGAGACCAGCAAGAGCAGUUGUUAAUAGGUAAUGAGAAAGUUAUCUCCAUUUCUGAUGGGCAUAGACUUUAUGUCCAGUAUUUGCUUGUGGCUCCCAGAGGUGAAAGGUUAACAUAAGAAAGUCCAUCUUAAUGUCCAACAGAGGGAAGGUUCCUACUAAUAUAUUUGUUCUAAGGACAAGAAUAACUUCAUGUAGAUUACUGUGCCUACCUGGAAGUGACUCUGGGUAUGUUCCAGGAAGGAAGAAGCCAAAGUCCUUCUUAGGCAUAUGGCGGGGACUAUGUAUACUUUAUGGAAAAGAUACAGUGCUGGCCAUGUUGCCUUUUAUGUCAGCAUGGAGCAUUAUUACUGCUACCUAUCAGAGGAUAACAGUAGUAAAGAGGCAGGGAGGAAAACAGUGGUUAUACAGAUAUAGACACUGCAAUAUCAUUACUUUAAAAUGUUCCAAAAAUUGUCAGUUACUCCAGAGAGUUGACUCCUCCUGCCUGUAGAAUAGCUACUUUUGCAGUAUUUGAUAUAUAUUGUGGCAAAAUUGAGCACUGUUUGAAUUUGGCAGAGUGCAUCAGAUUAAAGUAGACAGCUAUUCCCUGCGAGAUUUGCAUCUGUCAGUAUUCCUCCUCUCAUUGACACUUCCAGACACUUACAAAGGUAUGCCUGUGGAUUUUGCUAUCCAAAGAGUAGCCUUCUAUAGUGACAUUUCCAUGGGGUUCCUUCAUUGUAAUCCAAAAAUAUUCACCAUUAUCUGGAAUGAUGUAAACAAGUAGACCACUAAGUCAUCUAGGUAUAUCAUCCUUCUAUAUUACAGUCUUCCAAAGUGAACUUCAAAGUAGCAGCCUUUUGGAUUACAGGGAAAUUAACCAUGAUGACUUAAUGUUUAACCUUUUCAGAUGCUCAACAGAACUGUGGAUUGGGGGCACUUUGGAAACAGGAUCUUUUUGACAUGUACCAGUCCAAAGUUCCUGGCAGAAAGGGAAAAUUAACCAUGAAACAAAAUGAGGUCCAAAAGCACCUAUGUGGGAUAUGUUUUGAUCAGCCCUUUCUUGAAUUGCAGUGGCUUGUAAUUUAAGGUGCCAUUAUUGGGGAAUAAAAGAAUUAACUCAUUAAAGGUCUGGUCCAAAGCCCUUUGAAGUCCAUUGAAAGACUUCCAUAGACUUCAACAGGUCAAAGCAUUAAGUUAACAGAACAAAUGCUUGCUCCCUAUGGGUCUGAUUCUGCAACCCUUACACUAAACAGCAUUAACUCCCAUGAGUCCAGCUUUACUGUGAUUACUCACUUAAGUAAGUGCUGCUCAAUGUAAGGGUUGCAAAAUUGAUCCCUGAGUAUCUGUCAAAGCUGCUUUCACCUGACGUGUCUUGAAGGCCUAAAGGAAGUUAUCUAGCCAUGUUUCAGCAGUCUGUGUUGUUUAUUCUCUUCCAAAUGGUGAAAAAUCCAGAGACAAAAAUCAAAGAGUGUGAAAUAUGUUCACUUUCUGUACCUUUCUUCAGGAAAGAACAAGCUUUCCAAGAGACUGUGCCUGUUCCUCCCUCCCAGCAAUAACACAAUCCCAAAGGGGGAGUGGAGGGGCAGUUUUUUCUUCCCUGAAACCACUAACAGUUCAGCUUGUAACCUUGCACCUCUGAUGUGUGUCCAGGCUCCAUUCUGAACUCUCAAGUCAUCACCAGGACAGGAAUUACAAAUCCACUUAGCAUCAUGAGACACCUUCUCAGGUUAAAAAGUACACAGUUAAUCACAUGACAUUCUGCUACAUCUCAUGAUGUGAUGAGGCACAACGUGAUGCGAAGAGAAAUGUGCCAAAGACACAGCAAGAAAUGAAACAUAACAUACAGCUUUCUAAUGCUUCUUCCUAACACCCAUCACUACCUCUGAGUCUGUGAAAGGAGAGAUUUUAUUUCAAAUUGUAUUAACAGACAGUACAUUUGAAAGGUUGAGAGGCCACACUAACUGCAUAGUGUACUAUACUUUACCCUUAGUGUAUGUUUCUUAGUUGUAUGUAAAAUGUCUCUCCUGAUACACAUAUACACACACAUUCUUCAAAACUUUAGAGUGCCAAACAUGAAAUAAUGUGUCUGCAAACACAUACACGUGCAUAGAGCAUAUGUGUGCAAUAUACAUUUUUCAAUAUUCAGUGUGAAGCAUGGGAAUGAUAGCUGUGCUGCUCUCCUUGUCAUCUAAUCUGAGAUGCAAGACAAAUUCCUAUUCCUCACGCUGUGUAUAUCCUCCUUGUGACACUGAGGCUCAAAAAGCCUCACACAAUCUGUAAGGUUUAAAUUCAUUUUGGAGGGUGGAUUAGCGAAAUCCCAUAGGGAAUAGUCUCUCAUGACUACUCAGUAAUUUGUUCUUUCAAUCGAAGAGGCACUUGUUAAAAAAACCUAUAUGAGUUUUAUAAUCCCUCUCCCCAUGCCUUUCCUUGUUCUUCCAAAUCUACAGGAUACAUCACAUUCACUUCAUUCCCCUUUGGAUUAUAGUUUUGCAGGCUGUAAAUGUGAUUCUUAAGAAAAUGGUGCCUUCUACCUACCCAUUUUAGCUCCUCAUUUGUCAUCUGAAUCUGUCAGCUUCAUUGACUGAUUAAAAACCACUGUUGUUGGUGCUGCUGUACCAAUGAAGCAGUGGAAAGAGGCGCUGCAUUCUGUUCUGGUCCAUGCGUCAUCAGCAACAGUGCCAGCUAUCUUUGUAAUACUAGCACCAUUAUCUUUGUAAUGCAGAUGACAGAAGAAGCUCAGCUGGAUUUUUCACAGUCCAUGCUAAGCUUUACAUGUAAUUUUCGCAAACUGUGUAUGUAACUCAUUAAGAAAUAUGGAAGACAACAAUUAGCACUACUUGUCCCCUCUUAUUGGCAGGCUCCAGACAGAGGACAAGACGUGACUAAGCACUGAGCUUGAACUACUCUUUCUUCCCCUCUAGGUCAGGAUUGAGUCGCAUUUUUCAGUCCAGUGUAGGAAGACUUGCAAUUGUCACUGUCCAGUCUAUACCUGCUUUCUGAGGAGAGGACAACAGCCUGAAGGCAUGUCAAUAUGGUGCCUUUUGUGAGCAUUAACAUCACUCUAGAGGAAAAAAAGGGUAGAGCUGUUGCAACUGUCAGCCAAAGUAACAUUGAGAAAUCUGCUUUCAGCUGUGUGCAAAAACCUAAGGAACAAUUCUGGUCAGCCAUCAGUUUGGCAUUUUUACUUGAUUUAUUAGGAAUCAAAGGGGUCCAUUUGGACAUAGAAAUGCUUUUGAUUGUUGCCUUGUGAAAAAUAGGCCAUGCAAAACAAAAUAAAGUCAGUAUAUGUGAAACUUUUUUCUCUCAAAUGCCAGUAAAGACUGGCACCGAAGGGUCAGAUCCUGGACACUGGUUGUUUUAGACCCAGCACAGCAUGGAGGGGGAAAAAAUCAUUUGUACGUUACUUUUGCAUUUCCCUAAUCCUCAGACCAGACGUCUGCUGCUGGCCCGGAGGAGCAAUUUAGAGUACUCCUGGUGUGUACGAAAUUACACCAGCUGCAAUGUCCCCCAGCAGUCUCUCCCUUGCCGUGCCCCCAACUCACCCAGCAUACCAAGGCCAGGAAAGUAGGCUAUGAACAUCCAGACAUGCUGUAAUGCCACUCCAGAUUCCCUUAUAUUGAGGAAAGUGGCAGCUGGCCAGUGAAGCUAAUUUUCUAGCUGUUUUUGUGCUGCCAGAGAGGUGCAAAGCAGAUGAAAUAGGGGUCAUAUGCUAGCCCUCUGUUGAUUUAUUUUGGGAAGGGGACUCUAAACUAACUUCUCACUCACUCAGACUGCUUCAAAAAAUGAUGACCACAUGGAAAUACUUUGGGAAUAUCCUAUGCAUCUCCUUUAUAAUAUAAUUCAUAUUCCUAUUUGCCCCAUCUCACUUCCUGAUGGGUGGUCCUCUUUUAUAGCAUCAGAAGCAGUUGCCAACUCAGUAAAAAAUUGUUUCUGAAGUAAAAGACCCAGAUUCACCUCUGUGCUUUGGUUGCUUUAUGAUGCUGGGACAAUAUAAGGCAAGCUGGGCUACUCAGCCAGCAUGGUAGUGUGGGAAGAGGCUGAAAGAGAAGGCCGGCUACUUUGUGACACCAGUCAGCCAAUGAAAGAGAUUUUAGUGGUGUUUGCAGCAGGCUCCUGGAUUGUCUGGCUGAGGACAGUUAAUAAAAGGGCCAGGGCAGGCAAAGAGGGCCCCUUCCUUGCUCUACCUUACCUCGCAGCUGGAUGUGCACUUGGUGCUGCUCUGCAAUUCAGUGCGGCAAACCUACUGGAUUCCCCCUUCCACCACUGCUUAGCUUUGCUUUCGUGUAUCUGGCGCUAAAUAAAGACUCUCCCACUCCCAGGGCUUUGUGGCUGCCCUAGGCUCUAUUUGCUGAUGGAUUUUACUCUUUUAUACUGCCACAAAUGUUCAAGCCUUUCCCCUCUGACAGCUUUAUGCCUUUCGUGCAACACACAGCAGCCAUUCACCUGGCUUUAACCAGCCCGUUAAACCAUCUUUGUGGCGCAGAACUUGCGCUGGUGUAUGCUGCCAAUUCUGGUCACAAUUUUUACUUUAAAACCUCAUACAAAUAACUCAAAAAGUCACAAGUCAAUGCUUUCAUUGAUUGAGAAGCUAAAUUCAUACCAAGGAACAGAUUGCUGGACAAUAAACAGUCUGUCUUAAGAUGGCAGUUUUUCGAAGGCACAAAGAGGAGUUGGGCAACCAAAGUCAAUGACAAGUACCUAAAUGCUCUUUGUGCCUCUGAAAACCUCCCCCUAAAUAUCAGUGUAGACACAGCUGGCGGAAGAGUAAGCAGUUGAAAUUAGGAUGAUAAAAGCGUAUGUGACUUUUUUCACCCAAAUCUACUAACCCUUUUGUGCCCCCUGUAUAGUGCCUUUGGCUGUGAACAAAACUUCCGCCAAUGUAUCCUCUGUCCAUGUUGUUGCACUCCACUGUAGACUUUAAAAGGAAACAUUUUUUAAUUUAAUAAACCCUUGCAUCAGAGACAUACACUGGUAGAGGUCCCCAAUUUUAUGCUUUUCUUUUUUUCCUUCUUUUCCCACUUCUCCCCCUCUGUCAUAAAGCCAUGUUUCCUUUCACUUCACUGCUUUAAUUAAUGUCCUUCCCAGCCAUUUCAGCAAUGAAUCUGCAGUUUCUCUCAUCUUUCAGACAUAGUGAGUGCUAGUUUAUUGAUACUUCUGCCCUGCUAGAGUGUUGCCAUUCUAUAGUGUGCAAACAAGCCUGAUUCAGUUCCAUGCUCUUAGAUGUACUACUGGAGACAGUAACCUCAAAUCAAGAUCCCUUUUAAAUGUUUUAAUUUUAGAAAGAAAAACACAAAAGCACGACAAUCCUCUCUGUUCCCAUUUUUAAAAGUGUAUCAGCUCCAAGCCAGAAAAAAACAUAGGUAAUUAUGGAGACUAUAUAUUGUUAUGAUGAAAUAUUACAUGACAAAACACUCUGCAGUGGUCUGUGUGUCAUGAAAUGACAAAUUGGGGGCCCUGUCAUCCAUCCUGAGCUACCCAGAUACUGUUAAAAUAUUCUAAGUGCUCUCUGACUUCCACUGCCUUUUUCACUAGGGAAUCCCGAAACUGGGACUGUAACCAGAGCCAGUCUGAUUUUGAUCAGUACCACACACUGCAACCAACAUCUUGCAAAUAUUUUCUUUCAUAUUUUUACUUCCCUCAGUUUUCUAUAAUCUCCUUUUCUUCACUAUGGAGGGGGGAAAGCAGUAGCACUGCAUACAUAUCAGUGUUCCCUGUGCUUGAAUUAGAGAGGGAGCUGGUGGAUUUGGCACACAUAUUAAUCUGCCGCUGCUUGAAGAAAUAAGAAAAAAAAGUGGACCACUCCCCGCUCCAUAUCUCUGUCUAGUCCUUCACCUGAUGUUUGGAGACUGCCAUUUCUCUUCUUUUUUGAUAUAGUGGGCAAAAUUCACCCCUGAAUUGUAAUUAUGAAGGAGCAUGCAUGAAAAGCUUUUUCUGUAAGAUAUCCCCAACUCUAUUGACUCUCUGGGAGACUUUGUUAUCUGGUGGUGUCAGAUGCAGUAUCACUGUAAUAGUUACUGAAAUGGAAGGUCCUGUUUCUGCUGCCUUUCAUGACAAAGGGUUUGUUUCCAUGUGUUUAACAUGUACAUUGUUUGACCCUCUGGCACUGAAAAAAGCAGAGUAGGCAGGGAAACAAGACAAAUUUUCUGUUCCCAGAGCUCCAAACGGACAGGCAGAUUGCAGGAAUUCUGGCAUUACUACUUUUCAUCUGCUCUGGGAAGGCUCAGAGGUUUUGAUUCCAGAGAUGAUUCCAUCUUUAACGUUCUACCCCAAAGAUAUCCAUCCUUUUCUGAAGCACAUAAUAGUGAUGAUGAUAAUAAUAAAAAUAUAAUAGGUGAGAAUGUGCCAAGGUCAGUAACAAACUGACCUUUUUAUGACUUAUCCCUUAACUUCUGGUGCCAUUUUGAGGAGGUCAUUGGUGAGCUUGAGUCUAAUAUUCAAACUGUAAAUACCUUUAGGCAGUGUGCUUUAACAUGACCAACAGCAUACCUUGGCUAUGUACAGAAAUAAUACAAUAUGUGUAAUAUUAUCAAGAUAAGGUUGCAAUGUAAAUAUAUCUACAAUGAAUGUUCAGUUACUCUUCAAACUGUAUGUACAAGGAGGGGCCUAGUCUCCUCUUGAAAUCUAAUUUUUUUAUUAUUUUUUAUCUCAAGAGUAUGAAAGACCUGUUAAUUUGCAAAAUUGAGUAUUCUUGUCUUAAAAGAAAUAUACUAUAUGAAAAAAGUGCAUUAAAUGUAAAUGGUGUCCAAAAUCAUAUGGCAAGAUUGAGAAAUGAGAAUCAUACAAACUAGGGCUGCUGGAAUUUGGUAGCAUUCUUGAUGCCGUACAUUUGAUCUCAUAUAAAUAAGAUAAGCACAAGUUUUAUGGUUGGCUAUGUAAAGCUAACCCAUGUUAUUAUAUAUACACACACCUUAGAUAUAUAUAUAUAUAUUUAUAUAUACUGUAUAGAUAUAUACAUAUUAUAUACAGCAUUCACACAGUGAAAGAAGCGGGUGGUAAAGAGACAUUUCUGGGAAUUUGUGCUUAAUGUUUCAGUUCAGAGGGAACAAAGACUGCUAUACAGUGACAUUAGAGUAUGUUAUGCAGGAUGUGGAGAGCCCUAGGCAGGAGAGGCUCCAACAUAACAGUUAACCAAGGACUGAGAUGAUGAGGGUUUGAAAUGUUUUGAAGAUGCAAUGAAAAUUACAUGCAAUAUACGUGUAUGUACCUCUGCUGAGUUGUAUUCCUAGU